UCCAAGCACACCCACACGCACAAUGAAGCUUAAUCCUAACCACAGCCGCAGCUAUCCAAAAUUUACCAAAAAAAAAAAGUGACAGCCGUAAGACAAACAUCCACUUCAUUAAUUUAGAGAAUUUUGAUGAAUAUUUCAGCAUGGACGUCCGGAGGACCUGCGGUCGAGGAGCCGGGAAGCUGUAGGCAGGCGAGGGAAAUUUAAGCUAGAAAGCAGGGGACCGCCCGUCAGCUUCGCCAUGUUGGAGGCAUCGGCAGCGUAGAGCAAAUCAAAUUGCCUGUAUCGGCGUGUUGGAAGAGGAGGACCUUCUCGGACAGUACUGUUUAGUCUAAGGAAACGUGACAGAUGCGUGACUUGGUGGGGAGUCAGAAAAGCUGCGGCCGCGGAGCGGUAGGGCUUGAAUAAUGUGUGAUUCGGGUUUAGGCUGGUGACAUUGUUUUUUUUCCCCUUCGCCUGUGUCGGGCGGAUAUCAUGGACGUCCCCGCAGCACGUCUCCAGCCGCGGAGCCAGUCAGUCUGACAUACGGCAGCUCCCCACUCCGUGAUCGUAGCAGCCGAGCCGGACCUGCGCGGGGUAGUAAGGGGGCGGCUUUCCUGCGUAUCGCCGGUGCAUAGCGCCUUUACCCGUAGCCUGGGAUUAGGGGGCGGGGGGGAAGGCGGGCCGUCGCACCGGCUUUAAUCGGACGUUAAGAUGGCGCUCAGCGGGGAGACCGGAGACGCAAACGAGGGACGGGAGUUCGGGCUUAGCUGCGGCCCGGAGAGCGGAUCGGGUCCCGCUGAGAGGGACGCGCAAGUGCAGGCAGUCAAGGCGUCGCUGCUGUGCAGGUUGGGGCCGUACGAGCCGAUCGUCACCCGCGUACAGGGGCUGCUGAUCUGGGAAAGGCCGUUUCACAGCGUGCUGCUUUAUACGGCGGUCAACGCCGUCUUCUGGUUCCUGGCCCUCACCUCCCUGCGUGUCCUCUUCCUGCUCUCGGCCGGUCUGGCCGUGGCCGUCUGCGUCGACACCUGGAGGAAGAGGAUCUGGCCCGAGAUCAGAGUGAGACGAGUGGAUGAAUAUGAAAAUGAAAGCUGGGGUCUGGUGCAGCCCGGGAUACUCAGCGUUCCGGAGCUGUGUCACCACAUGGCCGAGCUCUGGGUCUCAGGAUCGUCCUUCAGCACCAGCCUCGUGGACUUUAAGAGGCACAAUCCGGGCAAGUUCUGUCUUCUAGCGUGUAGCUUCUUCAGCUUCCUGGCCAUGCUGGGCCACUACGUUCCUGGACUGGUGCUCUCCUAUGCCGCAGUGCUGAUGGUGUUGCUGAGCCCUUUGGCCGCCUGUCACCGGAUGUGGCAGCGCCUGUGCGUGAGGCUGGAGCCGGCCCUGCGGCGGCUGGACUUCAGCGUCCGCGGCUACAUGAUGUCCAAGCCAAUGGAAAACCAAUUUCUCCGCCGACCCAUCAGACCGGUUGCCACGGCGGACGCCAGCGAUAGCGAGGAGGAACUGGCUGCCUUCUGCCCCACGCUUGAUGACGCGGCGGCGGCCAGGGAGCUGGCCAUCACGGACUCAGAGCACUCAGACGCUGAGGUCUCCUACACGGAAAACGGCACCUUCAACCUGUCCAGGGGGCAGACUCCCCUCACCGAGGGCUCUGAGGACUUGGACAGACACAGUGACGCAGAGGAGUCGUUUGCCCAAGACCUCCCUGACUUCCCCUCCAUAAAUCCCUACGCCACGCUGCUGGACGACGACGACGACACCAGCAUCGGGCUGCCCAGUCUGGCGCCAUCGAGCCUUUCGGGCCGCCGGUCCGUACCGCUGGACAUGGAUGCAGACACCCAGCUGGACUCGGACCAGGAGGAGCUGGACGCCGAGCUGUCCCUCAGCGGCCUGCCCCCGGCUGCGAACUUCACGGCCGACAUCAGUGGCAUGAUAGCCAGCAGCAUGAUCCAGGCGGCCCUGGCGGGGGCUCUGCAGCCGCGGCCGCCCCCCGCCCCCCAGAGGGAAGCCGGGUUCCGGGCCGGGCCGCGCCGGGCCUGCCGCAAACAGUCCAGCUCUGAGCUGGACACCGACCUGGAGAACGAGGACUUCGAGAUGCUGGAUCAGUCUGAGCUGAAUCAGAUGGAUCCAUUGGGGAGUUCCUCUCGCGGCGCCGGACAACCACAAAACCAGGGUUCCAGCUUCCUGUCCAACUUCCUGGGAAAACCGAAGUGAAAACCUAUUUUUAUACGUGUCAGCGGAACCAGCUGGGUUUGGAUGGGGUGUGUGUGUGUGCGUGUGCGCGUGUGUGUGUGUGUGUGUGUGUGUGUGUGUGUGUGUGUGAUAUCGCGUGUGGUCGCGUGUGUUGACAGGGGUCCCAGCCAACAAAAAGCUGGAUUUGGUUUGCCGUUGAUAUCACUGUGAAGUAUUUUGUUAGGUUUUUAGUUCAGUAUUUUGAGAGUCUUUCCUCCUUUGGGGUCCUACACAUAUAAGAUCCCUUGUUUUAAAUGCUUUUAGUUUUGUAGGCUGAGCAAUAGGACCUUUCACUCAAUAACACACACGCACCGCAUACAACACGGCAAACCCGCUUAAUUGUAAUACUUGCCAAUCACUUCCCCUCAAGCAGCGAGAGAGCAAUUCAUGUCAAAUCCACUUCAGAAAUCACAAUAAAAUGCACACUAUGCCUUUGUUUUGUCAAAAUAUUAACACUACACGGGAUUAAUGACAUGGGACCAAACCUACAUUCCUGUUUGUGAGAAUUUGCUGGAGAAAAAUCUAAAUUUCCCAUGAUUUUCUGGUUUAUCACAAGCUUGGCCUCUGAGGACGGCAGCAAGGCCUGUGUGUUUAUUGCAUCUUAUUUUUCUGUUUGCAUCACUCUGCAAUGUACAUUUGUAAAUAAUACCUUCAUAUUAACAUUCAAGAAUCAGGCGUAAUGAUUCAUCCAUUGGUCAUUGCGAGAUGAAUCAGGUUUUCCCCAAGCGGUGUGUGACGUGUCUCACCGCCGUAGCAACCAUCUGAACGGGCUGUUGUCAUGCGUCUCCGUCUGUGGGUGUGUGCGUGACGACGGGGCCUUCUUCUGUGUUGUCGUGUUAAGAGAAUCAGUUUCAUUUAUCUCAAAUGAACCUCGAAUGAAAGUCUGCAAAAUUUGCAAAGGGGAAAAAAAUGGAAGAACGAGAAAUUAUUAAACAAAGAUAUUUCUUUGCUGGCCUGGCUGUGAGCCUCGGCCCGUGGAGUAAUGUUGAGGUGUACAUUUGAGGUUUUGGUGCUCAGUUAUAUGAUGCUUCUCCCACUUUUAUGAAAGUUACGUGGGAUAAAAGGUUAAUCUGACUUAGCGCUCAACCUUUCAAAACAUAACUAUCAAACCAAUUGCUUUUUUUUUUUUUCCUCAGCAAGAUCCAUGAUUUCAUGCGCUUCAAAGCGCCCAUCCCUAUAAAUUACUUUCUCACGGGUAUUUUACUUCAGGGGAAGCGUGGAAGUCUGUCUUCUCAACUCUUUGUUCUUGCUGGUUAGUCAGGGAAGCUGGGAGUACCGCAGGUCCUGGGACCACUCCCAGUUUCACUUGUGAUCUGAGUGGCAAGUGCAUGACAUGGAAAUGGGGAACCGCAUACAUAGUAAAAAACCCUCCCAGCGCAAAAGCCAUAGAUAGUAUUGUGUGGCUUUGGUUUUAGCCAAAUGAACUUUAACAACUAGUGAUCUAAUGAAUGCCGGGUUCUUAUCAUUUCAAUAAUACACCCAUUUUAAGGCACACAAUCAUCGAGACACGCUGUCACUUUUGAUGAUGUUUAACCCAUAUUAAUCAGUCUGGUUGGUAGUUCCAUUUAAAAAGGAGAUGCAGACCCUUUCUGAAUGAAUCACAUACUUCUACAGUGGUUGAACGCAGCAUAGUAUCGUAGUUCAUGUUGUUAUAUAAUACAAUCGCCAGUUCUCACAAAUUGGCCAUUUGGCAUAAUAAGUUUACAAGUUAGCAUUUUAUUUUAGCAUAUUUCACAUUAAGUACAGCAGUAAUGCAAGCCAAAGCUUGUCUGAACAAGUGAUGUGCUUUUCCCAUGCGCAUUGUGCAUUAAGUACAGCAGUAAUGCAAGCCAAAGCUUGUCUGAACGAGUGAUGUGCUUUUCCCAUGCGCUUUGUGCAUUAAGUACAGCAGUAAUGCAACCCAAAGCUUGUCUGAACGAGUGAUGUGCUUUUCCCAUGCGCAUUGUGGGGCUUCUUUCCAGCUUGUGUCCUGCUUGUGUCGAGAAGAAAAAUGUGAUACUUUCACAACAGGAUGUGGGAUGGGCAGUGACCCGAAGUAGCACUCCUGAACUUUCUCAGACAUUACCCCUCUCUCCACACCAUAUCUUCUGUGUCUAAAUUGUGAGCUGUGUAUAAUUUUGGCUGUAUGUUUAAUGUUUCUUCUCUCGUUAUCAGAUAGCAGGAAUUGAUAUUUUAAUGCAUGAGUCUCUCGUAAGGCACCUCGACAGAACCCGGGAGGAGAAUGACAGUAGUGAAAAUCAUUUGUUAGGCAUAAAUAUACAAAAAGUCCCAUCUUCUAAAAUUGUACAUUUUUAUUUUUUAAUGUAGUUUUUGGUUUAUCAGUAGUAUUUUCUACGUAAGAGUCUGUUUGCCCAUUAUUGUUGACACCAUGUGUACUGUGUAUUGUUGGGAUUCAGAACAUUAGUACAGUGUGGAGCUUAAACCCCUGUAUAAAUAAAUAUUGUAAGUGUUAUAAUGCAUUGCUUAUUCCCGUAAAUGAUGCCUGCAAUUUUCUGGUUCAUUUUCUGGUGCCACUGUUCUUAUUUUUAUUGUGAUCUAUGAGAGGGCUCUCUGUUGGGACAAAAGCCUUAUUUGGACAAAAUUUUAUACUUCAUCUGGACAAUAAAUAAUGCCUUUAGGAUAGUAAUGUAUUUUUUUUUCUUGAUCAUUUGUCAAUUAUGUUGCCUUCUAUGGGAAGGGACAGUUGUCAUUCAGGUAGGCAACUAUUGCUAAUUAUUUGUCCCCUCUGUCCCCCAAUAGAACACACUGUGAACAUGUUAUAUACAAACGUAUGAAGUAGAAGAUUGAGUGAGGUAACUGACUUGUUUUACAGAUAUUGUAAUAAUGCAGCUUUGAACCACAUUACCACUUACAUUUCACUGAUUUGACAGUGGAAGACAGCUGUUUUUUAAGACGUCCCGUUUACACAAUAAACAAAAUUGUGGUAUAGUUAACUAAGUCCUGGAUGUGGAGGUGAAAUGUAAAAAUUCUGGUUUCAUCAUUAAACUGUGCAGCAAAAUAUCCUUGUGAUAGCGUGAUUCUCCCAUGUUUGACAGAUUUUCUUUGUAAUGUUGCCCUUAAUGAGAAUUGUAAAAAGUGAGUCUACUUUUGUUCAAUUCAAGCACAAAGAGCUGGAUCACACAUAAUGACAAAAUCGCCGCUGGGUUGAAUAUUGGUAUUUGAAAGGCAAUUGCCCAAUGGUUUUAUUAAUGCUGUAUAAUUAAGUUUUUUGAGAAAUAGUACAAAAAAUGUCGAAUGGCCAGAUUUCCCUGUACCACAACAUAGCUUGUUUUAACCUUCUGUUUGACCAGAACAAGAAUGAGUUUUUAAAAUUCUUGGUUGUUAAAGGUUAUCAAACUAGGCUGGACUUGGUAAACAGCGGGUUGGUAAACUGGUCCAGUGUGAAGCGGGUCCUGUACGUUACAAUGUUUCAAUAAAUGUCUGUAGUUAAAGUGAAAUCUUUUCUCUGUAACUCGGUUUUGAUAUGUUUUGAUGUGAAAACCUUAUUAAAGAGAAAAAUUUAAACCGA